AUGCAGAUGGCUCAUGGAAUCUAUCAUGCACGUAAAAAUCGUCUUCCUAGGAGGCAUGGAUCUGAAAUGGGUGCUUCUCAAGAAACAGCCACCCAAACAAGUGCAUCUCAAGGAACAACCACUACUAAUGGAUCCUCACAAAGGACUAGACCUGCUGCCCCUCUCGAAGUAGAGCCUCCUAAAAAACGAGGAAGGAAGCCGGGGACUAGAACCAAAUUAAAACCACUUCCACCAUCUAGCCGGGUGGCUCUUUAUCCAAGUGGUGACUCGCAAUUUGGUUAUGUCAACUACAACUGCAAGCCCCCUUACAGAUACACUACUCAACUUGGUGUCAUUCUCAAGAGAGAGUACCUAGGUUUGCUUCAAGAAAAGGAUGAGGAUGGUGUACUGAUCAGGGAGCGGCCAGCUCUAGACUGGCCUGAUUAUUUUCUGGGUAGUGUGAAUAAAGAAGGCAUGACAAAUGGGGAACGUGUGCUCUAUGAAUUUUGGCGGUUGUUCCAAGUUAACGAAGAAGAUCAGGCAGAGGCGGAUCUUGUUCUUGACAACUAUUUGAAGAAAAAGGCACAUAGGUUUGGACAACAUAAGGGAACCCCUAUUAAUGCAUUUGCUGCAAUGAAAUCUGGCAUGAAAAAUGUGGAUAGCAGUGGUAAUUGUGGUCCGAUCAACAGCAACAAAGCACAACAAUGCAUGUUCUUGAAAUCAUGA